AUGCGAUCUGAGUGCCUGAAUCUAGCCCGGUUCGGGGGGCUGCACGCCCAUGCUGGGAUCGCCGAGGCUAGGCGACUGGCCCCUGGGGAACUGCAGCAGCACGGCACUGCAGCCACAGGGGCCCCCCAGCCUUCCGCUGACGCCCUGGCAGCCAGCCCGGCCCCCCAGCAGCGGCCCGGAAGCGCCGGCACCCGCACGCGCGGCGAUGACGAGGCCAACCGGGAUGCGGGUGACGGCGCGGCGCACGAGCACCUGCUGCCGCGGGUGAUGGUGCCGCUGGUGCAGCCGCCCGGCAGCGUGCCGCGUGCGGUCCAGAUUCAGAGGAAACGGCGCCUAUACGCGGCACAGGACGUCCGGGAGCUGGUGCUGAGGCAGUGCGCCGAGACCAAAGAAGCCAGCGGGCCAGAUGUUGCGCGCGCGAUCACCGGCGGCAGCGGCAGCAGCAGCGACGGCGCGGGGCAGGAGGGCGCCGACGCGCCGACGCAGGAGGAUGGCGAUGAUGCUGAGGGUGCUGCGGGGCUCGAGCAUUCGCGGCAGCGGCGACGGAGGGGUGACGAUGGAAUCCAGGCGCAGGCGGCGCCCUUUUUUCCGCUGGAGGUUUUUGACGACACGACAUUCGAGAGCCGCCUGCCGCGGGAGUGGGUGCCGCACGCGCAAGCGCUGCCGCGACCCCCAGCGCGCGUCGCGGUGGCGGAUGAGUCUGGCGGCGGCGUCGCUUGGCGGCCGGCGGUCGUGCUGGACUGCCGGGAGGCUGACGACCAUUACCUGGUGCAGCUGACACACGAUGAUGUCAGCAGCGACGGCAGCAGCAGCGGCCCCGACCGGCCGCCGCCCCCGCCGCCCUUCUGGGCGCCGCGCGUGCGCGUGUGCUUCGGCGCGGAGGACCCGGCGGCGUACGCGAAGCGAUACGUGGCGGCGCACGCGGCGCGGGCGCGCGCGGAGGCGCUGAUGCGGUACAGCUUUACGCUGGACUGCAUGCCCACGGACGGGCUGCCGCAGCUGACAACCGAGCAGGUCAACCGGAUCCUGGGCCUGGCGCUCAACACCAAGCGGCUGCGUGACCGCCUCAUGGACACCAGCUCCCACAUGAACGAGGCCAACCUGGCGCACGCGCGCGCGAUGAACAAGGCAGCGUACGACGCCAUGGCAGCCGCCCAGGCUGCAGCCCAGGCGAUGGCGGCGGCGGCGGCGCGCGACACCCAGGAACCCCAGCACCCCGGCGCCCCUGGGCCCUUUGUACCCGACGACCCGGGCCUCAACCCCGUGGCGCCCGCCGAGCUCCUGCCCCUUGAGCUGCCGCGCGGCGCGCCCUUCAACGAGCGCGCGCGUCCGGUUGGGGCGCGCGGCACGGGGGCGGCGCUGGAGGGGUGCGACCGGGAGACGUUUGCGCAGCGUUUUGGGGAGCUCAGCUUCAAGACGCUGCUGACUCAGCCCGAGGUCGUCGCGGCGCUCGUCAAGAUUCGUGCCGAGUGCGCCAAGGUGCGCAAGAUGAACCUCUACAGCUGCCAGGCCGCCAAGACGCUGCGCCUGGAGGAGUUUGAGCAGGCGCAGGCCGCCGCGACCGACGCGACCGCCAACCACCUGAGGGACAAUUGGCUGGCGGCCAUCAAGCACAUCAUCAAGAGCCAGUUCAAGGACGUCGGCAAGGGGUGGUACAGCCUGGCAGAGUCGCGCCAGGACACCUACGACUUCAGCAAGCUCAAAAGGCUCAUGGCAAGCUUUUAUGCGGUCCGCGUGCGGCUGCAGCAACAGGACACGCUGCGCGACCUGGCGCUGAGCAGCAUGGCCCGGUUCCUCGAUUUCAUUAGGGGCGCGUGCGCCUCGGAGGCCGUCGUUGUGUCGACGGCCGUAGUCGAGCUCAUGGGGGACGCGUGCGGGCAGCAGCAGCAGCAGCAGCAGCAGCAGCAGCAGCAGCAGCAGCAGCAGCCGCAGCAGGGGGGCAGGCGCGCCGCGCCGCUGAUUUCGUCCGAGCUGGUGGUCGCGCCGGACGGCGGCCGGCUGGCGUACGGCACGGGGCACAUGCUGGCGCUGUUCGACCGAGGGCUGCAGCGGCUGCAGGGCCUGCCUGAUCUCGAGCCGCUGAUCAUGGAGCAUCUCUUCUGGCCGGACCCCCGGAGGCUGGCCAGCAUGGACCCAGGCGAGCCCGAGGCCGCGGCGGCGCGGGAGGCGCUGGCGGCGGCGCUCGCUCGCGCGCUACAGCCCAUGCAUGCGUACCUGGCGGCUUACAGGAGGUACGAGCCGCUGUUGGCGCUGAGCGUGGAGGGGGAGGUGGAGCGGCUGGCAGCAAAGGGCGCAGACCUGGGGCUGGCAGAGGUCAAGGCAGCGGUUUCCGCAGCACUGCGCGAUUUGAAGGCGAUGGACGAGGAUCUGCCGCCAAGCAUCAGCCUGGGCUUGGUGCAGGUACGGGAGCUGCUAUUGCGCAAGCAGGAGCGGCUGGCGGCGUCGCUCAAGGCGCUCGCGGCGCGCGUCCCCCGCGACGCGCUGGCGGCGGUGGGCGUGAAGUUCGCCGAGCUGGAGCGGCAGCUGCGCGCCAAGGCGGCCAGCAUCGAGGACGUGGACACGCAGCGAAGGUUUAUCGAGGAUUUGCCCAGCAAGAUGGCGCCGCUGGCAGCUGAGGUCGAGGCCGCCAAGCCGUGGUAUGACGCGCUUGAGGGCAUGCGCCACCUGCUCAGCGAUGACGAGGCUCGUGACAGGCUGGCCGGCGACAGCUGGCAGGUGCGGCUGCAGCGCCAGGCGGAGCGCACGCUGGAGCUGUUGGACCAGGACCAGGCGCGGCUGCAGGACGAGAUGACAUCACAGCAGGGCGCCUUCUCGGAGUCACUGGAGGCUAUGGCACAGGCGGUUACCCAGGCCCAAAGCCAUUCAGACCUGUCCAAGGUUGAGGCAGUGGCGGCCGAGGCGCGCGCCUUGGACAAGCACCUGCGCGCAGCGGACAAGGAGGCCGGCCAGUACAACGCUAGGGAGGCCAUCCUGGGCAGGCCCCCGACCGACUACUCGUCUACAAAGCGUGCGCUGGAGGACUUUGAGCCGUUCUGCCAAUUCUGGACCACUGCCAGCGACUGGAAGGUCCACCGCCAGGCGUGGCUCCACGGCCCGCUUUCCGCCCUCGACCCGGAGGCGGUUGGCCGCGAUGUGGCGGCCACCAGCAAGACCCUGGGAAAGCUCGGCAAGGCGUUUGUGACGCGGGGCCUUGAGCGGAUGGUGGCAAACUGCGAGGAGCUGAAAAGCCAGGUGGAGGCCUUCAGGGAGGUCGCGCCGCUGGCGGCGGCGCUGAGGGCGCCCGGCAUGCGGCAGCGCCACUGGGAGCAGCUGUCGGCCCAGGUCGGGCAGCAGGUGUCGCUGGAAGGGGGGCUGUCCCUUGCACAGGCGGUGGAGCAUGGGCUGAUGCAGCACAUGGCAGCGGCCACCGCGGUUGCUGACGUGGCGAAUAAGGAGUAUGCAAUCGAGCAGGCUCUGGACAAGCUGGCGGCGGAGUGGGAGGCGGCUGAGCUGGGCGUGGUUGCGUACAGGGACUCGGGGACGCACGUCAUCAAGGCGCGCCCCGCACGGCCGCCCCGCCCCGUUGACGAGGCGCUAAUCCAGGCGCUGGAUGACCACCUGGUGAUGCUGCAGUCGAUGGGGUUCAGCCCACACAAGAAGCCCUUCGAGGAGCGCCUGGCAAAGUGGGAGGCGCAGCUGAGGCUGGUGUCGGACGUGCUAGAGCAGUGGGUCGCCCUGCAGCGGGCCUGGAUGUAUCUGGAGCCCGUGUUCGCCAGCUCAGACAUUCAGCAGCAGCUGCCCAUGGAGGCCAAGCGGUUCGCGGCUGUGGACCGCGGGUGGCGCAAGACGCUAGAGGCGACGCGGCGCGCGCCUGGCGUCAUCAAGGCUUGCUGCACCCCCAAGCUGCUGGACAGCCUGACAGAGUCCAACAAGCUUCUGGAAGGCGUGCAGAAGGGCCUCUCAGACUACCUCGAGACCAAGAGGCUCGCGUUUUCAAGGUUCUUCUUCCUGUCCAAUGACGAGCUGCUGCAGAUCCUCAGCCAGGCGCGCAACCCGCUGGCGGUGCAGCCGCACCUGCGCAAGUGCUUCGAGGCCAUCGCGUCGCUCGACUUUGGCCCGGCACCGGCGCUGGAGAUCAGCGGGAUGAACAGCUCCGAGGGGGAGAGGGUGCCGUUUGACCAGCCGAUGCGGCCGACAGGCAACGUCGAGAUCUGGCUGGGAGAGGUGGAGCGCCGCAUGCGCAGCAGCGUGCGCGCUCAGAUCGUGGCCGCGAUGGCUGCCUACGGCUCAAAGCCCCGCACGCAGUGGGUGUGCGACUGGCCGGCGAUGGUCGUGCUCGCGGUGACUCAGGUCUUCUGGAGCGCGGGCGUCGAGGGCGCCGUGGCUGAGAGCUCGGUGCCGGCGUUCCUUCAAAAGUGCACAGAGGACCUGAUGGGACUCACAGACCUGGUGCGUGGGCCCCUCACGGAGAACCAGCGCCAGAUGCUGGGCGCCCUCAUCACCAUCGACGUGCACGCGCGCGACGUGGUGCAGGAGCUGGUUGAGGCGGGCAUCCAGCGCACCACCGACUUUGAGUGGGUGUCACGACUGCGGUACUACUGGCGGGACGGGGAGUUGUUUGUUGACAUGGUCCAGGCGUCUGUCGCGUACGGCUACGAGUACCUGGGCAACAGCCCGCGCCUCGUCAUCACGCCGCUGACGGACCGGUGCUACAUGACGCUCAUGAGCGCCCUGCACCUCAACCUGGGCGGCGCCCCCGCCGGCCCAGCAGGCACCGGCAAGACUGAGACCACUAAGGACCUGGCCAAGGCGCUGGCAAAGCAGUGCGUGGUUUUCAACUGCAGCGACGGCCUCGACUACCUCGCAAUGGGCAAGUUCUUCAAGGGGCUGGCCAGCAGCGGCGCGUGGGCCUGCUUUGACGAGUUCAACCGCAUCGACCUCGAGGUGCUGAGUGUCAUCGCCCAGCAGAUCCUCACUAUUCAGCUGGCCAUCCAGGCCAAGCUGAAGCGCUUCAUCUUUGAGGACGCAGAGAUUGACCUCAACCCAGCCUGCGCGGUGUUCAUCACCAUGAACCCUGGUUAUGCGGGUCGCAGCGAGCUGCCAGACAACCUCAAGGCACUGUUCCGGCCCUGCGCCAUGAUGGUGCCUGACUACGCCCUGAUUGCGGAGAUCAGCCUUUACUCAUACGGGUACAAGUCUGCCAAGCCGCUGGCCCGCAAGAUGGUGGCGACCUUCAAGCUUUGCAGCGAGCAGCUCUCCAGCCAGGACCACUAUGACUACGGCAUGCGCGCAGUGAAGAGCGUCAUCACCGCUGCCGGCAACCUGAAGCGUGCGCGGCCCUCAGACGAUGAAGACGUGCUCGUGCUGCGCGCCAUCAGGGACGUCAACCUGCCGAAAUUCCUUGCCCACGACCUGCCGCUAUUUGCCGGCAUCGUCGGGGACCUGUUCCCGGGGGUGGCGCCGCCAGCCGUCGACUACGCCGCCCUCACGGGCGCUCUGCAGGAUGCGUGCAGGUCCCAGGGGCUGCAGCCGGCGGAGCCGUUCCUGGCGAAGGCGAUCCAGCUGUAUGAGACCACACUGGUCCGCCACGGGCUGAUGCUGGUGGGCCCCACCAUGGCCGGCAAGACGGCCGCGUACCGCUCCCUGGGGCGCGCCAUGACGGCACUCAGUGCUGCGGGCGAAAACGCGUUUGAAAAGGUCCGCACAUGGGUGCUGAACCCCAAGUCGAUUACCAUGGGCCAGCUGUAUGGCCAAUUUGAUGACAUCACUCACGAGUGGACAGACGGCGUGCUGGCCUGCUGCAUGAGAGAGGCUGCGCAGGACACAACCCCGGACAAGAAAUGGAUCAUGUUCGACGGCCCCGUGGACGCGCUGUGGAUAGAGAACAUGAACACGGUCCUGGAUGACAACAAGAAGCUGUGCCUGGUGUCUGGCGAGAUCAUCACCAUGACGCCCCCCAUGACCAUGAUGUUUGAGGUGGAGGACCUCGCGGUGGCGUCACCCGCAACAGUCAGCAGGUGUGGCAUGGUUUACAUGGAGCCCACUGCCCUGGGACUGGAGCCCCUGCUGGCCAGCUGGCUGCAGGCGCUGCCGCCCGGCGUGGCCGCGCACUCGGCGCUGCUGGGAGACCUCUUCAGGGCGCUGGUCCCGGGCUGUCUGGCCCUGGUGCGCAAGCUGCUCAAGGAAACGGUCCCCACCGUCAGUCACAACCUCGUGGCCAGUCUCUUCCGCCUGCUGGACUCCCUGCUGGAGGGGGCCGGCUACAAGUGCAGCCAGCAGGGCGGCUCCCAUAAUCAUUCGGAGGAGAGCGCCGCGCCGGCCGCCGUCCUGCCCGCCCUCUUCACAUUCGCCCUGACAUGGUCCCUCGGCGCGUCCUGCAACAAGGACGGCCGCGCCGCCUUUGACCAACACCUGCGCGGCGCCCUCGACGCGCUGACUCAGCGCGCCGCUGAGUUCCCGGCGGCCGCCGCGAUCCUGGACGGCGCCGGGGUGGCGGCGGCGCCGCCUGCGGAGGCCGACCUGUACGAAUGGGCGUAUGAGCCUGCGGCGGAUCUAGAAGGCGGUGGCGGCGGCACAGCGGCGAACGGGAGGGGCUGGGUGCGCUACUCCUACCUGCUGGACUCCCUGCUGGCCGGGGGCCACCACGUGCUGGUGGUCGGGGAGACAGGCACAGGCAAGACGCUGACGGUCGGCACCAAGCUGGCAGGGGGCAUGCCACCGGAGGUGGUGCCGCUGCUGCUCACGUUCUCGGCGCGCACCAGCGCGAACAUGGUGCAAGACAUCAUCGACUCGAAGAUGGACAAGCGGCGCAAGGGCGUGUAUGGGCCGCCGGCCGGAAAGAAGGCCGUGGUCUUUGUGGACGACCUCAACAUGCCACAGCGUGAGCGCUACUUUGCCCAGCCGCCACUGGAGCUGCUGCGCCAAUGGUUUGACCACGGCGGCUGGUACGAGCGCAAGCCGCCCUGCCCGUUCAGGCAGGUGGUGGACACCCAGCUGGUGGCAGCAAUGGGCCCGCCAGGCGGCGGACGCAACCCCGUCAGCAACCGCGUGCUGCGCCAUUUCAACAUCUUGUCAUUUGCUGAGAUGGCUGAUGAGACGCUGCAAGUGAUAUUUGGCACCAUCCUCUCUGCGUUCUGCACUAAGCACCUGGGGGCUGCGCUCCAGCAGGGUAUUGCGGACAAGGAGCGCUUCUCUGGCAUUGCGAGCGGCUUCAUAGCAAAGCCAGCGCUGUAUCAGGUGGUCCAGGGCCUCAUGCGCGCGAGCCCCAAGGACACCACUGACCCGUCCCACCUGGUGACCCUCUGGCUGCACGAGGUCAGCCGCGUCUUCGAGGACAGGCUGACCUGCGACGACGACAGGGCGUGGUUCAGGGCGCGCCAGGAGGCGCUGCUGAGGGAUGUGUUUGGGACGAGCUGGGGGGAGGCGGUCGGGGGGGAGCGGCUGAUCUACGGAGACUACCUCGUGCCUGGGGCGGAGGCGAGGGUGUACCAGCGUGUGGCUGACCUGCCGUCCCUCGUGGCCCUCUUUGAGUCGUACCUGGACGACUACAACGCCAGCAGCACGGCCCCGAUGAGGCUGGUGAUGUUCCUGGAUGCAAUAGAGCAUGUCUCACGGCUGUGCAGGGUGAUCCGGCAGCCCCUAGGGAACGCGUUGCUGCUGGGUGUCGGCGGCAGCGGCCGGAAGAGCCUGGCUCGGCUGGCAGCCUUCAUUGAGGAUUACGAGGUCUGCGGCAUCGAGGUAGCCAAGGGCUACGGCGCGGCGGAGUGGCGCGACGACCUCAAGCGCGUCCUGAAGCGCGCCGGGCUGGAGGGGCGCGACUGCGUGUUUCUGCUGGCGGACACCCAGAUUAUCCAGGAGGGGUUCCUCGAAGACGUCAACAACAUCCUCAACGCGGGCGACGUGCCCAACCUGAUGGGUGCUGAUGAUCUGGAGCAGAUCAGCGCUGCAAUGAAGCCCCUAAUGGCGGCGCAGGGCGUGGCGGCCGUGGACAAGAACUCGGUGUACGCCUUCUUCGUCGACAGGGUUCGUGCCUACCUGCACCUGGUGCUGUGUUUCUCGCCUGUGGAGGACUCCUUCCGCCAGCGGCUCCGCAUGUUCCCGUCCCUCGUCAACUGCACCACCAUCGACUGGUUCAGGGAGUGGCCGGCCGAGGCGCUCUCGGGGGUCGCGAGAAGCUUCCUUCAGGACGUGGACCUGGGGCCGCCGGCCGCCGCGGGCGUUGCGGCCCCAAUUGAUUCAGACGCUGCGGCCACGGGGAGCGGCAGGGGCGAGGGCUGGGGCGGGCUUGAGGGCGUGGUGCAGUGCUGUGUGGCGAUUCACAGGAGCGUGGAGGAGCGCAGCCGACGAUACUACGAAGAGCUGCGGCGAUACAACCACGUGACCCCCACCAGCUACCUGGAGCUUCUCACCACCUUCCUCAAGCUGCUGGCGGAGCGUCGCACCGAGACAGUGGCGCAGAAGCGGCGCCUGGAGGUCGGCCUGGGCAAGCUCACAUCUACAGCAGAGCAGGUUGAGGUGAUGCAGCACGAGCUGCAGGAGCUGCAGCCCGUGCUGGCGACCACGGCAAAGCAGGUGGAGACGAUGAUGACCGUGAUCGCCAGCGACAAGGAGGAGGCAGCUACCACGCGCCUGCAGGUCCAAGGGCAGGAGCGCGAGGCCAACGAGCAGGCGGCCGCCGCCAAGGCCAUGGCGGAGGACGCCCAGCGGGACCUGGACGCGGCGCUGCCGGCGCUGGACGCGGCGGUGGCCAGCCUCAAGAACCUCAGCAGGAACGAUAUCGUGGAGGUGAAGAGCCUGCAGAACCCGCCAGCUGGCGUCAAGCUGGUGAUGGAGACGGCCUGCAUCAUGUUUGACGAGAAACCGAAGAUGAAGGAGGACCCCACCAAGAUGGGCAAGAAGGUGCCUGACUACUGGGAUGCCAGCAAGAAGCUGCUGGCGGACCCGACCCGCUUCCUGGAGAACCUGCUGACAUAUGAUAAGGACAACAUCCCCGACGCCACCAUCAAGAAGAUCGAGCCCUACAUAGCCUUGGAGGAGUUCACCCCCGAGGCCGUGUCCAAGGUUUCGCGCGCCUGCACCUCCAUCUGCAUGUGGGUGCGCGCGAUGCACCUGUACAACACAGUGGCGCUGUCGGUGGCGCCCAAGCGCGCGGCGCUGGCGGCGGCGCAGGCCACGCUGGACAAGACGCUCGCCGACCUCACGGCGGCGCAGACGAGGCUGGCAGCCGUUGAGCAGAAAAUUGCGUCCCUUGAGGCGGCGUUUGAGGAGGCCACCACAAAGAAAGCCUCAUUGGCUGCCCAGGUCGAAGACUGCCGCGUCAAGCUGACUCGUGCUGACAAGCUGAUCGGAGGACUUGGCGGCGAGCGCACUCGGUGGCAGGCCACCGUGCUGCAGCUCCAGUCCGACCUCUCAAACCUCGUCGGCGACAUCGCCCUCGCCGCCGGCGCCAUCGCAUACAGCGGCCCCUUCGUGCCCUCCUACCGCGCCGCCCUCCUCGCCGACUGGGGCGCUGCGCUCGACGCGGCGGGCGUGGCGCGCUCCAAGGGUGCCAACCUGGUGGCGACGCUGGCGGACCCCGUCAAAGUCCGCGCCUGGACUAUCGCCGGACUGCCGAGCGACGCGGUCAGCGUGGAGAACGCAAUCAUCAUUAGUAAGGCGCGACGGUGGCCGCUGAUGAUAGACCCUCAGGGCCAAGCCAACCGCUGGGUCAAGGCCCUCGAGCGCGACAGCGGCCUUGAGGUGGCCAAGCCCACCGCCAAGGACUUCCUGCGCACCCUGGAAAACGGGGUGCGCUUCGGGCGCCCCGUGCUGCUGGAGGACCUGGGGGAGGGCCUUGAUGCGGCACUGGAGCCGCUGCUGCUGCGGGCGACGUACAAGCAGGGCGGCAGCGAGGUGCUGCGGCUGGGGGACAGCGUCAUCCCUUACCACCAGGACUUCAGGUUCUACAUGACCACCAAGCUGCGUAACCCGCGGUACGCCCCCGAGGUGGCCGUCAAGGUGUCACUAUUGAACUUCUUCGUGACUCCAGAGGGCCUGGAGGACCAGCUGCUGGGGGUGACCGUGGACAAGGUGGGCCUCUUAGUCAAGAAUGGGGUUUGCGGUUGGUGGCUGGAAGGGGUCCGCGGGUCCCCUCCAUAA